UCAAAACCUCUCAAACCCCACAGGGCGCCGGACCACCACCACCACCACCACCAUCACCAUUGGUACCACCUCGCAUCACUCCUCCGGUCCUCCCUGCCGCUGCUGGAACGCCAUGACCUCCCGCGACGCCGCUGCCACUUUCCACGUCUACCAGCCGAUGCAGAUCCCGACGACGACCGCCCUGGCGCCCGCUGCGGCGGCGCCGGCAGAAACCGGCGUCCAGCUGGUUCCGGCGCCGGCCAAGAAGGCGGCUGGCGCGGCGGGAGGCAAGGACCGGCACAGCAAGGUGAACGGGCGCGGGCGGCGCGUGCGGAUGCCGAUCGUGUGCGCGGCGCGCGUGUUCCAGCUCACGCGCGAGCUGGGGCUCAAGUCCGACGGCCAGACCAUCGAGUGGUUGCUCCGCCAGGCCGAGCCGUCCAUCCUCGCCGCCACGGGGACCGGCACCACCCCGGCCGCCUUCGUGUCCUCCUCCGCGCCGUCCACUUCCUCCUCCCACCAGCACACCCUCCUCGGCAAGCGCCCGCGCCACGACUCCGCCGACGCCGGCGCCGUCUCCGUCGCCAGCGCCGCGUCCGCCUUCUGGGCGGCGCUGCCCGCACCCGGCCGGCCCGACGCGUGGGGCUUCUCCCCGCUGGACGCGCAGCCGACGUACGUGCCGAUGGCGCAGGCCCACCACCACCACCUCAACCUCCUCGCCGCGCUCUCCGGCGCCGCCAGGCGCGCCGAGGAGGAGUCCCGAUGAACCACGCAGCAUGCAUCUUCCUAGCUCCUGCUGACACGUCCUCUUUCUUCAAUUACCGACGCGUGCAUUGGCGUCCGUACGUCUGUUCUUCGGACAGUUCUUGAUUGGAGUGUGCUUCUCGAUCUCUCUACCUGUCGAGAUCGAUCGUCUUGCCUUCUUGCUGAUGCUGUGCGGGUACGGUUUCAAUUGCUCAAGAUGAAAUUGUUGCUGUGGUGUUCAAGCGCAAAACUGUAAAUACGAGUCCUUAGAUCUCAUCUCUCACUACAAUUGCCAGCGCCGCAUGUGUUAGUGUGUUUGCCACUUGUUUCACCUUGUGUUAUGAUUCCAUGGAAUUUGUUUCAGUUUUAGCUCCAUCUGCAUCUUUGUCAGACCCAAGUCCUUAAUUUGACAUUUUACCAAACAUGUUCCAAUGAGCUGCAAUUCCUUGUGUGCACUGUCUCAGCAAUC